AGUUCAGAAUUACAGAUACCGAAAUCACCUUUGUUGUAGCACACAUGUAGGAUCGCGAUGUUUGUUUAGGUUAGCGUUUACCUUUGGAAUACAUUGCUUUUCAAUUAUCAUUUGCCGGCUUGAUGAAUUUGUUUUUAAAACUGUCUGAUAACCAGAUCCAAACACGCGCUACAGACGUUUCCGAUCAAAACUAUCAUAAUUAUAUUAGCGUCAAAAUAAUAAAUGCCACGUGCUUUUUCCCGCCGAGAGAACCACCGGCAGAAGAAUUCAGUGACCGUUCUGUGAAAUUGGACAAUUUUACACCUUUGUUCCGUGAAAUUGCAGAUGUGCUGUAGAUAUAAUUGCCUCUAUCUGUAACCAACAGGGAGCAAAGGUUGAAGUAAAAUUCUUACCGAUGUAAGAAUUCUAAGGAAUUUUCUGGAUGAGGAAAAUGUUUACUUUUAAACAAUUUAACUUGAUCUGUAUAGUGAUUUGGAAUUGUUUGACCUUUUCUUCUGCUAAAAGUGUCGAAGAUGUUUUGAUACCAAGAGAGAAAACACGAUGGUUGUCAGAUGAAUUAAAUUAUGAUGAUUAUGACUAUAACAAGGACGAACCUCAGAACCUCGCUUUGAGUGAUGACGACAGCGAAUGCGGACCAGUACCAGAUAUAGUGCUGACAGGUUUUUGUAAAAAGAAAACAUGCUCAAGUCACACUGACUGCCGGAAGAAAAACCAACGGUGCUGUUUUAAUGGAUGUGUUAAAACGUGCAUGAGACAACCUGAUCCACCGCCUUUUAUUGACUGGAUAAAAGAGCCCAGAAGCAGAAUUGUGUCUGGUGUAUCCUGGCUUAUCAAUGGGCCCUCCAAUAGAAACGAACUUCAAACCUGUACAACAUCACCAUUUGGAAAGAAUGAGGAUCCAUUGAUGUGUCCCCAUGGAUACACGUGUCAUGUAGUAAUAAAGGGUAACAAGAAGAAACGAAUCCAGAACAGGGGAUACUGUGUUCCGGAAAAAGAAAAUGUUGUUCGUAGCCAUCGUAAACAGAACAACAGGUCAACAGUCACUGGAGAAUGUCCACUGGAUAAAUACAUUUUAGCGGAAGGGGCUUUCAUGCUAUUCGAUGGCAAAAAAUGCUUUUGCAAAAAAGGUUUUCUAGAAUGCUUGGAAAUGAAAGGAUAAAGUGAUUUUAAAGUCUGUGGUGGAGGAAAUAGAUUGUGUUUAAUAAAAAUAAAGAAAAUAAAAUACAUUGUUCUCAUGAUACAUGUA